AUGGCCGUGCAAGGCUCGUCGGGGACGUCGCUCUCGCGCGGCGAGACCCUGACGCUGCUGACCAUAUCCGGCGCCUCGCUCGCCGUCCUGGCCAACACCUUCUCCGGCGACGGCGAGCCGCUCAUCGCGUCGCUCGCGCUCUCGUGCGCCGCCUUUGCGCUCUGCUACGCCAUGAUCCGCUGGCUCGGCCCGACCUUUAUCAAGGCCGGCUUCCGCGGGCGCGACCUCUCCAAGGUCAACAGGGUCGAGCUGCCCGAGUGCAUGGGCGCCGUCUGUGCCGCCGUCUACCUGCUCACCGUCAUCGUCUUCAUCCCCUUUCCCUUUUACAAGGACAUUGUCGCCGCCACGAGCGGCGGCGGCAACCGCGACGUCGUCCUCAAGGCCGAGCACGUCAACGAGGGCCGCUUCCUCCACCGGUUCCCCCACAGCAAGCUUGCUUCGUACCUGGGCGCCAUCAUCUCCCUGCAGACUAUUGCUCUCCUCGGAAUCGGCGACGACCUCUUUGACAUUCGCUGGCGGCACAAGUGGUGGAUCCCCGGCCUGGCCGCCAUCCCCAUCCUCGUCGUCUACUUUGUCGACUUUGACGUGACGAGCAUCGUCAUCCCCGUGCAGCUGCAGCCCUACCUCGGCGAGCUCUUCGACCUCGGCCCGCUCUACUACCUCUACAUGGCCUGCAUAGCCAUGUUCUGUCCGCAGAGCAUCAACAUGCUCGCCGGCAUCAACGGCAUCGAGGUGUCCCAGUGCGUCGUCGUCGCCCUCCUCCUCGCCUUCAACGACGUCCUCUACCUCGCCACGCCCUACCCGCACCCGGCCACCGACUCCCACCUCUUCUCCCUCUACUUCCUCCUGCCCUGGAUCGGCGUCUCCGCCGCCCUCCUCUGCCACAACUGGUAUCCCGCCCGCGUCUUCGUCGGCGACACCUACUGCUACUUCUCCGGCAUGGUUUUUGCCGUCGUCGGCAUCCUCGGCCACUUCUCCAAGACGCUCGGCCUCCUGCUCGUCCCCCAGUUCUUCAACUUUGCCUACUCGACGCCCCAGAUCUUCGGCCUCGUGCCCUGCCCGCGACACCGCAUGCCCCGCUUCAACGCCCGCACCGGCCUCCUCGAGCCCUCGGUCACGCCCUGGCCCGCCAGCCGCCAGCCGCACCCGCUCGUCGCCCUCGGCCUCCGUCUGCUCGCCAAGCUGCGCCUGCUCAAGGUCGUCACCGACGAUGAGGGCCGCUUCGUCGAGACGAGCAACUUUACGCUGCUGAACCUCUGGCUCGUCUGGCGCGGGCCGCUGCGCGAGGAUCGCCUCGCCACCGAGAUUACGCUCCUGCAGCUCGGCCUUGGCCUCUUUGGCCUCUUUGUCCGGCACAGACUCGCCCUGGUCGUCUUUAAGGAAGAUAAUUGGAGUACGGAACAGCUUUAG